AUGAGCUCAAACCCUCCCACGGCCUUGGAGUGGGGAGGAGGCGAAGGAAGUCAGAAGUCAAGUUCGGUUGCUCCGAGGGCUAGUGUGCAGCUUCCCGACGUGACUGCUGGUGACUCCAAACCCGGUCACAGUGCAGCGACCAUCACGGCACCGAAUGGGAAUCCGGUGCCCUUUUCACCAUCCUCGUCAGCACUCACUCGCGUCACGCCCAUCUUGCCGCCUUCAACGCCAAGGCCGAGCAGCAUCUCGUCGCAGGUGCAGAUACUUCUCGACCCGAGCCCCAACCGUGAGGCAAGUCUGCCAUAUCACACCGCGACCAUGUCAACCACCCCGAGGAUAACUUCGGACAUCAGCGUAACGCUUCAUGCAAAACCAAACAUUAUGACACCGCGCCGAUCUGCAGGCACCAGCCCAACGAGGAACACCAAGGAGCCUCUUGGAGACGCACCGGUUGAGACCGUCAAGCGUAAGCGCGGAAGGCCAAAGGGGUGGCGUCCCGGCAUGGCUUACUCCACUGGGAAGAAGAACAUGGCCAGGGAGAGGAGCUUCGCUCGCGCGGAGAGGACAAAGGGAAAGCCGGCGCCAAACUACGACCUCAAGAAGCGCAGGGGCAGACCUCCGCGCCGGCCUUCGCCAACGCCGCAAGCGAUAUUCGGCAGAGUGCGUCCCAAGUUCGUCUCGUAUCUUUGCGAGUGGCAGGGCUGCCGAGCCGAGCUGCACAACAUGGCCACGCUGCGCAAGCAUGUCAUGGUCGUUCACGGGGACAGCGAGCUGUGCAAGUGGGCGAAAUGCGCGGCUGCCGAGCCGCAGGUCAGGCUCCAGGACGGCAUCGACUUUGAGGAGCACAUGGAGCAUAUGCAUCUGGUUCCGUUUGAGUGGCAUAUGGGCGAUGGCCCGCAGAACUCGAUGGGCGCCUCCAAGCCAGAUCAUCAAGAGAGCGAGCUGGCGCCAUACUUGCUCGAUCAAGACGGGAACCAGGUCACGCCCUCGAUUCGGGACCAGGAGCUGGAGGACCACAUCACCUGGCGCAACAACCGUCGGCGGCUCAGAGAAUUACUGAUGCAGCGUGAUGCAAACGCACCCUUUGAAGAGGACUCGCCGCCAGCGUCGGAGCCAAAUUGA